CCGCUGGUCCACUGCUGCGGAGGCAUCAACACUAUCCUGAGCCUCAACGUUCAAAUCCGCGGCUUUGAUCCGCUGAGUUUCGAGUGCUUUGGUCGUUUCUCCAGCGGACGUCACCAUGAUCUCCCUCACAGACUCUCAGAAAAUCGGGAUGGGGCUGACAGGGUUUGGCGUGUUUUUCCUCUUCUUCGGGAUGAUGCUGUUUUUUGAUAAAGCUCUCCUCGCCAUUGGAAACAUUUUGUUCGUCUCUGGUCUGUCCUUCGUCAUCGGCCUGGAGCGCACGUUCAGAUUUUUCUUCCAGAGACACAAAUUCAAAGCCACCAGCUUCUUCCUUGGAGGAGUGUUGGUGGUUCUGAUCGGCUGGCCGAUCAUUGGAGUCGUUCUGGAGAUCUACGGUUUCUUCCUCUUGUUCAGGGGAUUCUUCCCAGUGGCAGUGGGCUUCAUCAGACGAGUUCCUGUGAUCGGCUCUUUGCUCAGUUUACCUGGGAUCAGUUCUCUGGUGGAUAAAAUUGGUGAGAGCAACACGAUGGUAUAACAGUGGGUUGUUUCCUAUUGGAGGAGAGUUUUAAGUAUUUAUCAUAGCUUCUAACAGUUACUGUAUAUUUUGGUCAUUGCCACUCCAUGACUGUGAAUCAUCAUUUAUUUUUCUGCACAAAGUUUGUAUGUGGACAUUUGACUGACGUGAAGUUACGUCUGUCAGAUGGAAACAGUUUUGGACUAAGUUACCAUGACAGAUUUUUUAUUUUAAAGAUUGGAAGCAGGUCUCCCUUUUUUGUAUCAUUCCAGUCUUGAUAUUUAUGGACUGAAAAUGUGGGACCACUGGAUCAACUCCCAGAGAGUCUGGGGCCUUUUACAGCAGCCACUCCUGCAGAUCGUGCCUGAAAAACUCACUGAGAGCUUUUUUCUAUCAAGUGUUACUGGAGUUUUGUACAUUAUACUGAGGUGGAGCUAAAUGUCACUGAGGUUGGUUAAAGUUAGAAGAAGCUUGUUGUGGAGAUGUUGAACUGUUACUUUUGUAAAUGCAAACUUGAAAUAAAUUGACUUUCAUACAUUC